UGGCUACAGAAAAAUUUAAUAUACUUCCGGCGCACGUGUUGGUUUGUUUUGAUAUAAAAUAUUCAUCAAAAUUGUGUUAAUUAUUUCUAAUAAAAAUUAUCUAACAUAACAUAAUGCCUAAGAAGAAGUUUAUUGAUAAGAAGAAUUCUGUAACUUUUACCCUGGUUCAUAGAAGUCAGAGAGAUCCACUGAUUGCUAAUGACAGGGCAACAUCACAUGUUCUGCUUCCUAUUGACAACAAGGAAUCUAGAAAAGAAGAAGAACGAAAGUUUGGUGUAUUUUAUGAAGAUGAAUAUAAUUAUUUACAACAUUUACGUGAUGCUAAUGAGAUCAGUGAAUUAGAACCAGUUGAAAGAACUAGAAUCCAUAAAUCAGACUUGAAAAAAGAUAAAGUAGCAGCUGAGAAAGAGGGUGAAGGCAGUCAAGAACAAAAUGAAGAAGAAAAAAAUAAAGAUAAACCAAAUAUUAGUUUACCAUCUUCAGUGUUUGCUUCAACAUUAGAGGCUAAAACUGGUCUGCUGAAUAAAGCUGCUCCUAGAAAAGGUCCAUUAUUGGAAUGGGAUCCUGAUAUAGUAGCGGCAUUAGAUGAUGAUUUUGACUAUGAUGACGAUGAGAAUAUUUUAGAUGAUGAUUUUAUAACAAAGGCUAAUGCCCCUGUUGAAGGAGAAGAGGAGAUGGUUGUAGGGAGAGGGUUUGAUGAAGGUGAUGGUUCUGACAUUGCAUCUGAUGAAGCUGACAUGUUCAGUGAUGAUGAUGAUGAUGGCGGCAAGGAAGGAGAUGAAUUUGAAAAGGAAGAAACCAAAUCACGAUUCACAAAUUAUUCAAUGACAUCAUCAGUGAUUCGAAGGAAUGAAGGGUUAACACUUUUAGAUGAUAGGUUUGAAAAGUUUUAUGAACAAUAUUAUGAUGAAGAGAUUGGUGCAUUAGAUGAAGAAGAUAUUGAUGGUACUGUAUCAACUAAAGGAGCUCUCAUGAAACAAAUAUUAAAGGAAUUUAAAGCUGAGCAGAAAGAAAAAUCUAGAAAAUUAAAAGAAGUGAUAGAUGAAGCUGAGAUUAAAAUAACGGAAGAUGAUAUUGAAUCUGGUGAUGAAGAUAUGAUAGAUCUGGUGAUAGAAGAACCAAAAGAAAAAUGGGACUGUGAAUCAAUCAUUAGUACUUAUUCGAAUUUAUAUAACCAUCCAAAGCUCAUCUCUGAACCCAGUAAUAAGGAACGUAAAAUUAAAUUAACAUCACGUCUGGGUAUUCCUGUCGAUAGUCUUGGUUUACCAGGCUUAACGAGAAGACAAAUAGAGAAAGAAAUGCGUGAAUCACGACGGGCUGAUACAGCAAGUACAUAUCGACCUAAAGGUGAAACAUUAGAAGAGAAAAAGAUGCGAAAACAAGCCAUUAAAGAGGAAAGAAAAACGAGAAGAUUAGAAAAGAAGACAAACAAGGUGGCAUUUAAUGCAGAAAAAUUAAAACAAGAAAAGGACUUAAUCAAUGUUCAGAAAAAUGUGCAGGGCAUUAAAUUAUCGUGAACUGUGUGAUUAAAUUUCUAAUGAUAGCCAGUCAUAUGAAAAAUAUGAAAUGAUCAGAGUUUGGAAAUAUAGCAACAUGUUUGAUUCCCUAAAUCUACAUCUAAUUGACAUUUGUUUGUUACUAUUAACUAUACCUGGUGGACUAUCUUCAGAAAUCUUUGAUGAAUCAAUUCAAAGUUUGUUUUGUACAAGAUUGAGGAGACAGUAGUGCUUUCAUUGAGAAAUUAAAUAAGAUUUUUUGACUUUUCUUGUAUUCAUAAUUUCCAAGAGAAUAUGUUUUAUUCCAAAGGUUAAUUCAAAUAUCAAAUAACAUUUAUUUUCUUUUGAAUAUGGCUAUUUAUUUUAUCUCCUGAAUACCACUGUAUAUUGCCUUAAAGUAGCUAUAGAAUUAUCGGUUCAUAUAACUCAAAUCAUGCUUGGAGUGUAAAAACAGAAAAUAUUUAUGGCCAUUUACAGCUUUCUGUAUCCGAAAACAUCCCACAUGUUAUCAGAUGAGUUAGUUACAUAUAGCUACCAAAAUAACUUCUGUUUUCAUUAGACGACGUAAUCACGAGGUAAACAAGGGAUAUUUUUUAUAUAAAGGAGCUUAACCUGUCUAUUUUUUAAAUUGAUAUGCAUUUUUAGUUAACAGGCUGAUUAAUAACAGCACAGACUUAUUUCUAUUUCAACUAUGUCUAUAUUUGUACUUGGCCUAGUAUGAACAUACCUGGUGUAUUGUUGAUUAUUUCUAUGUGUCGUGUCUGUAUUAUUACUAUCAAUGACAAUAUAUCUCCGCUAAUAAUGAAUCAUUUUAAGAAAAUACCAACCUCGUAUUUUUCAUAUUAAGUUUAAAACGUUUAUUUACUGCUGAGGAUCAGUCUCCAAAGCCUCGAAAAACAUAAUAGAAAUAUAGAUGGUGACUUAUAAGGCCCCCUAUACACCCACCAGCGACAAAAUCUUCAAUGCUGAAUUUUAACAUCAUUGUCCACAAUCUAAGUAAAAAAUGUAAACAGAAAGAUAACUCCACAAUAGGCAUGCAACAUGUUUACCGUCAUAUUAGUAUUACAAUCGUGCUUCUUCUUUGGUACAAAUGAUCCAUGUUUUAAAAACUUCCACCAAGGACUAUUGUGUGUAUAAAAAAAUGAAAUUAAAUGGGUUUUAACGUCCUACUGUUCUGCUCUGACUGGGCUAAUGAAGACAGACAUAUGCCAUACAGUGUGCUUUGAGGGAAUUACAACUGCAAAGGGAUCUAUUUUAUGUGCACUCCAAUGUAUAAAUGGAACCUAGGUUUUUUUUUUGUCCAAUUUGAACGACUAGACAUCUGUCCUUGUGUCCGUCCUGCACCACUGACAAGGGGAAACCACGUCGGAACGUUGUGUAUAUAGCGUUGACAUUAAGAGUUGGAUAGAACGAAGGAAUUCAGGUGACAGUAUAAAUUCAUGUUCAAACUUUAUUUACAUUGAUACACAAUGUUUAUUUAUUUGUUAAUAGAAUUACAUUGUAAAUUACACUAUAAUAUCUAAUUUUAGUGCUCAUCUUAACAAUCUCGAAAUUUAUGUUGUUUGAAUCUUGGAAAAUUGCAUGUAACAAACGUGAAAGCAGCACCCGUCCUCAUGACAUUUCAUUUGGGUUGUACUAGUACAAUUUUUUUAAAGCAUUUGUUAAUUAUGUGAAAAAUAAAAUUGAGAAAAAAAAUUGUUGCAGCAUAUGUUACUGUAAAAUAUUUGUACAUAGAAAUAUUAAAUUUAUGAUAAAAUUAAAUGAUUAAUUAUGAA